UUUUCAAUGUAAUGACUCAAUCAUUAUAAUGCUAUGACUAUAACAAUAUUGAUAUUAAUAUCAAGAUUUCAUUGUUUAUAUACAAACUAUUAAAUGAUUGAUUGAUUUAUUGAUACAAUUUAUUUAUUAUACAAUUAGUUAAUAAUUAUUGAUAUCAUUGAUGAGUUUUAGUGAUACAAUUUGCGGGACAGCAAUAUGUUGUCAAUGAUUUUAAUAGUCAAAUGAUAUUUUUGUUGUCAAUAUUAUUAUUGGUGUUUAACUUAGCGAUGAAAUGCCCGACAGUUUACAGUUAAUACCCCAAGUGGAUAGUCGUCAGAUGAGUGCGGCUGCGGCUAAACUGGUAGCCAAUCGGUCGACCAGUAGUUCUGGUCCCUCAUCACCACAACAUAUGGAUUAUAAUAAAUUAGAUUCAAAUGCAAUUUUGAUGGCCAACCAAAAGCCCUAUCCUAUUGUUUACGGAGAACUUGUUAUUCUUGGUUAUAAUGGAUGCCUUCCUCAGGGAGAAAGAGGUCGACGUAAAAGUAAAUAUUUGUUGUUUAAGAGACCGAUGGCUAACGGCAUUAAAAAAUCAAAACAUUAUGUGGUUAAACAGCCACAACACACACGGGCGAUCCAAGAGAAGGAUCAACACGCAAUAUCGUAUACACUUAACAGAUCUCAAGCUAUUAUUGUUGAAUAUCAAUCAGAUGAAGACACCGAUAUGUUUCAGAUUGGUCGUUCAUCUGAGACCCCAAUUGAUUUUGUUGUUAUUGAUACAAUGGUAUCAGAUCCUAAUAAAACGAGUCCCGAUAAAUUGGUCCAACAAAGCACAAUAUCACGCUUCGCGUGCCGUAUAUUAAUAGAGCGCAAACCCCCUCAUAAAGUCCGUGUAUACGCCGCCGGAUUUGAUUCAUCAAAAAAUAUAUUUUUAGGAGAAAAGGCCACAAAAUGGCAACAAAACGGCGAAAUUGACGGUUUGACCACAAAUGGGGUGUUAAUAAUGCAUCCAAAAGUUAAGCAAACAAAUGAUUCCUCAAAUCCACAAUUUGGUGGCAUUUGGAGAGAAGUGUCCGUUUGUGGAGAAAUUUAUUCAGUCCGUGAAACCCGAUCCGCCUCUCAAAAGGGCAAUAAAAUCGAUAACGAAACCAACAUUUUGACCGAUGGAACACUUAUUGAUUUAUGCGGUGCGACACUUCUUUGGAGGUCAGCUGAAGGAUUGGCCACAUCGCCCACUAAAAAACAUUUAGAAGAAAUGGUCGAUGAACUGAAUGCCGCCCGACCUCAAUGUCCAGUAGGUCUUAAUACACUUGUGAUACCACGAAGAAGUGCAUCGUUAAGUGAAACAGACAAACAGCCCUAUGUUUACCUCAAUUGCGGUCACGUUCAGGGAUUGCACGAUUGGGGUCAGAAUCGUAACACCAAUGGACGCACCUGUCCCAUGUGCCUCGAUAUUAGCCCAGUAGCCAAGCUUACAAUGGGUAUUGAACCCUCACUAUAUAUGGAUAUCCUAAAGCCUAGCUUUUGUUUCAACCCAUGCGGACACAUGACUUCGGAUAAGUCGGCGAGGUACUGGUCUCAGGUGCCAAUACCUCACGGAACUAAUGGUUUUCACGCUAUGUGUCCAUUCUGUGCCACACCAUUGCAGGGCGAAUGGGGUUUUGUGAGACUUAUAUUUCAAGAUUAUGUCGACUGAAAAAAUUUAAAUAUUUAUUUAUUAUCGUAUUUACUAUUUUUACUUUAAAAAAAAAUCAUUGAAUGUAAACAUCCAUUGCAGCCAACACUGUGAUUAAUCAUUUGUCUCUAAUUAUCAUUUUUAACAUAAAAUAUAUAUACAAAUAUUAUUUUAGUAAAUCG